AAUCAUUCUUUGAAGGAAGUCUAAGAAAACCUAAUCUUUGCAUUCGAAAUAAAUAUGUGUGUUUAAAAACAAGUGGAGAAGAAUUUCAUCCAUUAGUGAAUUUCGAGUGUCAUUAAAACUAUUAUCAAAAGAUUAGGAAGUAUACUUAAAUUGUUAUUGCAUCAUCAUGGCAGAUUUGAGAGUACAGAGUAAUUGCGAGCAUGUGCUCUGCAUCUCUGCAAGCAGAAAUGUCUUUUUCCGCGCUUCCUGGAUUCUGGUAUCUUCGUCUUCACGACAGCAUCUCUACCUUUGCAAGAGGAACAAGAACAAGAAGUGCGCCCCUCAAUAGCGUGCUGGCUCUCGGCGACAUGUGCUCGCCACUAAGCAUACUACUAUUUAUAAGACUCUGAAUCACGCAUGCACGCUCGCAUUAGCGCGGUCACGAACUUGAUUCUGCACGAUUUUACGUGAUUUCUAACCGCACCAGACUUUUUUAAAACUGGGAAAAGUAAUCUAGACAUUUGAGGAAAUACCAGGGGUAUGAUGAAUUCAAGAUUAUAAUUUAAGGAUGAAAUCGUGCUUAGUAUGGUUGGAUGAUUGAGGUACUCGUUUUUGAAAUUUUCUUGAUGUAUCUGUAGCAGGCAUAAGCAAGGGGGAAUCCAACAAGAGAAAAUAAGCAGAGAGUUAUGAAAGAAAAAGCUAUAGAAAAAGAAACAGAUUCAUAAGAAAGAAAAAUAAGACAGACAAGGUGUGAAACCACUAAUGUCGACUAUUUAAAGAUUUAGAAACAUAGAUGACACUAAUCCUUCUUUAAAAAUGAUAAUCCCAACAUCGGACAAACGUACUUUAUCUUCAGGAUUAUCAAAUAUUGCAACUUAGACAAACAUUUGAAGAAAUCGAACAAUUUCCUAUGAAUUAAUAAUUGAAAAGUACAAGAUAUCUUCAAUAAUACCGAACAGAUUUUCCCACAUUUAUUCAUUCACUUCAUUGAGAUUCAAUCUGAUACCUAUAAACCCAAACAUAUUUAGGAUUAGAGUACGUCGAAGAGAAAACAUAAAGAAGUGGGUUUCCAUAAUCUUCAUCGAAUAUUUUGACGACCCCAUAUCUUAGGGAUGUACGAGAAUCUUAAAAUACCAAGACUUCUUCAGCUUAAUUAGAUAUUGGAUUCGAGAAUUUGAGUAAGAAAAGAAAGAUAAUAUGUAUAAAGCUGAAAGAUGUUAUUAUGAUGAAGGUGCCAAUUGCGACCAAAAUAUUCCAGCCCAGUUGGGUUACUUUAUUCCUCUAAACGGAUUGUACUGCUUUGCAAUUCCACCUUCACACCAUCGACGAGAAGCUGCCCACUCUCCUCGUUUGUCACGUCAAACCCUCUGUGCUGACGUCGAAUCGAGAAGAGGCAGCGGGUCAGGUGAAUUUCAAGAGUGUUCAGGUCCGGGAGGAACUUCCUGUUCUCCAAUUUCGGCUGUAGUACCUCCAACAUCGAUACCAGCACCUCCUCCUUUAAAUCAACAUCGGGAAUCAUAUUUCCCAUCAAACGAAAUUGACUCAAACUCGGAUCCAAUUUUAGAGGUUUUUGAGGAGCCAGUUGACGAACCGAUGGAUAGAAACGACAACGGCAUUGGAGGAGGUGGUACUGGCGGUGGUGGGGUUGGAGGGGGAGGUGGCAUCGGAGGAAAUUCUGGAUCGCCCCUCAACUCAUCUUCCACAAAUGGACCUAUUUUCAAUAGCAACAGCGUAGCCGACACUCAGGUCGGUGACCGAGGAUGGGAGGUCCACCACGUUACGGUGACCAGGGUACCCGGAUACGGCUUUGGAAUAGCCGUCUCCGGAGGUCGUGACAAUCCACAUUUCACCAACGGUGAUCCUGCAAUAGCGAUUUCCGACGUGCUUAAGGCAGGACCAGCCGAAGGCAAACUGCAAGUAAAUGAUCGCAUCAUUUCUGCAAAUGGUGUUUCCCUAGAAGGUGCAGACUAUGGAGCAGCAGUUCGAGUCCUUAGGGAUUCUGGAUCCACCGUUUUAUUGGUGGUCAAGAGAAGAGCCUCUUCGAAUUCCCCAGGAUCUCCUGGAAACACAGCACCUCAAACCCAUCGACUCACCCUCACCAGGAGCAAUAAAAAAGACGAUUUUGGUAUCGUCCUCGGAUGUCGACUCUAUGUUCGAGAGGUCACUCGUGAAGGAACGGGGGUGAAACCCGGCGAUGUUUUGACUCGGAUCGGGGGUGUGGCCGCUGACAAUAUGAGUCUAAAAGAAGCCAAAAAACUUAUGGAGCAGUGUAAAGAUCGUUUGUCGAUCGUAGUUACCAGGGAAGCUCCCUCGAACUCUCACUCACACCAGCAGAGCAAAGGAGAAAGCGGCGAUUACCUUUCCGGAGCGAGUUACAGUAGUCAAAACCUCUACGUUCCACCUCCAACAAGACAACCUCUUGAAGAUAAAAGCAAUCUUGCUCCCCGUGGGAGAUCCAGGGGUCCUUUGAUGGACGUCUCUUUGAGUCAAUUGGAUCUGCCAGCUACACCCACUGUUGAUCCUCCCAGGCCUCCACCUCCAAGACCUGAAGAUUACUACAGUUCGAGAAGACAACUUUACGAGGAAGAUCCUCUUGCACAGAGAACAAAACAACCAAUGCCGGAUCCUCGAUUUAUAACUUUCCAAAAAGAAGGUUCCGUGGGAGUUCGACUAACUGGAGGAAACGAAACUGGAGUUUUCGUCACAGCAGUUCAACCCGGAAGUCCUGCCUCCCUUCAAGGUUUACAGCCUGGGGAUAAAAUUCUGAAGGUGAAUGAUAUGGAUAUGAAAGGCGUGACGAGGGAAGAAGCCGUACUCUUUUUACUCAGUCUGCAAGAACAAAUUGAUCUCAUCGUUCAGCACCGACGGCAAGAAUACGAUCAAAUUGUCGCUUCCGGACGAGGGGAUUCUUUCCACAUAAAAACACAUUUUCACUACGAACAACCAGAAAAGAGCGAGAUGAGUUUCCGAAGUGGAGAUGUUUUCCACGUGGUAGACACUUUGCACAAUGGCGUCCUAGGUUCCUGGCAAGUUUUCCGGAUAGGAAGAAACAACCAGGAAGUGCAGAAGGGAAUUAUCCCGAAUAAAGCACGCGCAGAAGAACUUGCUACUGCCCAAUUUAAUGCCACGAAAAAAGAAUUGAGUGCGAGCGAAAGCAGGGGAAGCUUUUUCCGAAGAAGAAGAGGCAGUCAUCGACGCUCCAAAUCUCUCGGAAGAGAUCACUGGGACGAUGUAGUCUUCUCCGACAGCGUAAGUAAAUUCCCAGCCUACGAACGCGUCGUUCUCAGACAUCCUGGCUUUAUAAGACCUGUCGUUUUAUUCGGUCCAGUCGCCGAUAUUGCCAGGGAAAAACUACUCAAGGACUUUCCGGAUAAAUUCACAUCCCCUCAAAUGGAAAAUCAAACGGAAGAGAAUGGUAACAAAAGUUCUAAAACUUCCGGAAUUAUUCGCCUCAGUGCCAUUCGAGAAGUCAUGGACAGGGGGAAACAUGCCCUCUUGGAUAUCACGCCAAACGCUGUCGAUCGUCUUAAUUACGCUCAGUUCUAUCCCAUCGUUAUUUUCUUGAAAGCUGAAACCAAGCAAGCUAUUAAAGAGAUGCGAGCUGGUAUUCCAAAAUCCGCACACAAGAGCAGCAAAAAGCUCUUAGAGCAGUGUCAAAAACUGGACAAAAUUUGGGGGCAUACAUUUAGUGCAGUAAUCACUUUAACCACACCAGAAUCCUGGUACAGAAAACUCAGAGAGUUAAUCGAUCGACAGCAACAAGGUCCUCUCUGGAUGAGUCAGACAAAGCCGGAAGAGGCCCUCUCGGAUGACUUCCUGUUCCCGAUGACUUCACGCCUCUCCUACGCAUCCUCCCCGGAGAGCGAUCUGGAAUUAAGCCCCGCACCUCCCCUUCCCGGCGCUUUGGGGCCACCCUCACGCCUCAAGAGUAGCUCAGAUCCCAGCAUUGCUACGCAGGAUGACGCCAUCGCACCUCCGCCGUAUACCACCAGCUAUCAGGCAUUUGAACAACAAAAGAGAAGAUCUCAGGGAGGUGCAGGAGAUAGUAAAUAUGGAUUUUCAUCAUCAGGACAGGGUGGCAAUCCUCCGACAAUGCCUACUCAAUACCCUGGAGGUCCACCUCAACCUCGAUCUCCUCAUCAAGGACCUCCUGAUCUCCCCCCUCGUGUCGAUAGGAACGUCAAACCGACUACUUCUCAGACCCCUCGAGGAACCCUUGGACGUUCAGCUCAGGAGAGACUUAUCAAUAAGACUGACUCGGUUCUGGACAUGGGUAAUUACAUCAACGCAACACCCCACAGAGCAAACACCACUUCUUCUCUCGAGAGGCCUCAACCAAAAUCGGGUAGCUACGACAGCAUGUCUUCCUAUGAUUCAUAUAAUAACACGAACGGGAAUACAGUCUAUCCCAUGCCAGGUUUAAACACGUCUACAGGCCGACUGGGACCAAACGUUCCUGACGAUUUGAAGAGCGGCCUUUCGGUUUCAAAACCUCACGAUCCUUACAGAUUUACGAGAUCCACCGCUCAACCAAUUCCUGCUCAGGAUCCUCAAAUUAGGACUGACUACGCUAAAUAUAGCCGAACGGACAAUUACAAACCAGUUCCGCCUCCACAAGGAAAACCCAGUGGAACUUACAAACCCGUACCUCCACCGAAGCCCAAGAAUUACAGACCACCACAACAGCAGCCGAUUAUUCAAGACGAGAAUGGCGGAAAUAGUCUGUAUCAGCACGCGAAAAGUUACUCGAUUGCCACAUCGAAUGUGCACAAUGGGACGGAAAAUGGUGGUAGCGUGCAGAGAAACAGCGGCCAAUAUUAUUACAACAUUCCACCCCCGAAUCGAGGCAACGAUUAUUCGAUCAACUCGAAUCACACUCACAAUCAUACCUCCCCGCCAUCUCAUAGUUACAGUCUCAGUCACUCGCAUCCACAUUCCAGUCCUCCAAUGACGACUCACUCCCACAGCAACAGUGCUGGCCAAAUUGGAAUGGCACACAAUCGCAAUAAUGUCAAUCACAAUGGCCAUAGUCACAGCAACAGUCAUGGGGGCAAUAAUGGUGGUCAACAUUUGAACGCUUCAAAUUCAGGACACAACAGAGAACCUAGUGGAUUAGACUUGGCAGGAAGCAGAGAACAAAGAGGCAGUGCCUUCGAACUUUAUCGAAAGCCUCUCCAACAUCACAAUAUGAGUCAUAGGUCGAUGGGGAAGGCACGAGGAGUGUUUGGUAGCGACGGUGGUGUUUUGGAAGGUCCAGGGGGUGUCUCGUUGACAAUACCUCCUGGUGCCCUUCCCUCCGACACUUACCAAGAGAUCUACUUCACUAUAACCGCCGCUAAUGCUGUAGAGUCGCGUAAAAAUUCUCGGGGCCAUUGGUCCUCGAUCUCCCCUCCUAUGCACCAUGGUGAGCAGAUGCUUAGCCCCUUGGUAGAGUGUGGACCACGAGGUCUCGAGUUUCGAAAAGCCGUCGAACUGAAAGUUCCUCACAAUGCAACUCCCGCACAUCGUCUGGCUUUGAAAGCCACCGACACUGAGAAUCGAAGAAAUGCGGAUUGGUUGAACGUCAAAUUGCCGGAUCCUUCUUCGGAUCACGUCAUCGUGAAGCUCGAUCAUUUCUAAAGCCGAUCAGAGAGGUCAUUAAUCGAUAGAAUGAAGCUCACUAGGAAGACUUUUUUUAAAAAGAUUCUCUAUGAGAAUUUGAAUUACUUUUUUGACGGCGAAAUACUUGAGAUGAGUAGUAAUUUCUCGAGUUACGUAUUUUUGAGCGGCCGUUCGCAGAUGAGAGGCAAGUAAGGCUGAGAUACCAAAUGAGAGGAUUGUCGCCCCAUUUUCUCAGGUGCGAUGAUUCGCUCCGCAUUUAUUGUAAACAGAGCCUUGCUCCCGAAAAUUAUUAUAUGUUCUCAAUCAGUCAAACGUCAGGACGUCGGUUAUGAAUAUAGCCUAAAGAUACGAUUAUUGUGAUUUUUUUACGUUUACGGCGUUUUUUCGUACCAAUAACGUUUAAGGAGACACUAUUUGUCAAGAUUUAUUUACGCUGCAUUUAUUAGCAAUAACUAACGAUCUGCGACUCCAGUGAUUAAUUUCAAAUUUUUUGUAUGUUUUCGUAUAUGUACGAAAAGGUUGAUUUUAAUUGCUUUUUUUUAAAUAACUUAAUGACGAGGACGUGGAAAAAACAUGUUAUUUUUAGAAGAUUCUUAAAUAUGCAUUUUUCCUGUUAAGUUUGCUGAGGAAUUUCUGUUCAGAGUUGCACCUUGUAAUAAAAAUUGUACAGCACUAGAUAAUUAAUCCGCAGAUCGUUCGUUCCUUCAAGCGAUGCUAUGAGUAAUGAAUUGUGUAUGUCUUAAGUUUAUCAUAAAUUUCUAUACUAUAUUAUAUAAAAAGCUCAAUUGUUAAUUAUUAGCAAGAAUAAUCUGUAACAAAAAGUGUUGAAUAUCUAUGCUACACGACGAUUAUUAAAUAAAGAAACGAUUUCAUUGUUGAUGAAA